CGUUGAAGACCGACGACGAAUAGCAAUACGUGGCGCAACAAUUUGGGUGAGGGAUGGAGAUGGUAGGGGAGCUACAACGUGGAGCAUCUCGACUACAGGAUACACUCGGUGACAAUGAAGAUGACGUCUCGCUUACAGAAGUUGCUGAAGGUGAGCAAGAUGAUGAUUGCAAUGUCCUCCGCUAUUAUACAAGUAUUUGCGCUAUGUCUGAGAUCUGGGAAUCUGAAAGAAAGACGAGUUGUGCUGUUACUGUGCAUGAGUGUGAUGAGUAUGAGGGGGGGGGAGAAGAAAGGUGGGCUAACUUGAUGGCACUGUCCUACCAGGUUGAGGAGGAGAGUGCAGCUGGCGAUGAAGAGAGGGAAUAUGCCUCUGAUGAUGAGGAGGGGGGAGAAGAAAGGUGGGCCAACUUGAUGGCACUGUCCUGCCAGGUCGAGGAGGGGAGUGCAGUUGGCGAUGGGGAGGGGGAAUAUGCCACUGAUGACGCAGGUGAGUGGGAAGGGAAGUGGGGGCUAUUGGCAGCGGUGGAAAUGGCGGCAGCGGCAGCGGAGACAGCAAUAGUAACAACAACAACAUCUACAACAACAAUAUUGGAGGUUGAGCAGGGGUCGGCAGAGGAGAGGCGAGGAAUGGGCGGGAUUGGAGAGAAGGGUGGGAUGGUCAACAACAACAAAGACAAUAACAACAUUGACAACAACAACAAUAGUGAAUUUAACAACGACGGCGAGCGGCGAAUGGGCGAACUGGUGCGUGGUGACUUCGAGGGGAUUGGGGGUGUCAACAGCGACAACAAGAACAACAGCGAUGGUGCCAACAACAACAACAACAACAACAAUAACAACAAUAACAACAAUAACAACAAUGAUGAAGGUGAGCGGGGAUCGGGUGAGAUGGGCGAGCACGAUGAGACGGGGGACAGCAACAACAACAGCGACGGCAGUAACAACAGCAACAACAACAACAGCACUAACAACAACAACAAUUAUGACGAGGAUGGAGGUGGCGAUCAUGACAGCAGCGACGUGGAGAGCGGUGAUGUCGAGGGGAUUGGUGGAGACGUCCGUGGCAGCAGCAUGCCGCAAGCGUACCCCCUAUUCCUACUAUCUGACCUCAUUGUGACCAGCACUCAGGGCCAUUACCCUACCAUCGAGGGGAACUUGGACCCAACAGUAGUGACAGGCACAAGGGCUAGUGACCCAGCCCUGGUGGAAGCGUAGUCGAACGAGCCUCGCUGUACGGGAACUCCGGACGCCAGGCUCAAGCAAUCACCUAUUAGCCCCUAAGUAGACCGACUAGUAACUCACGCCCUCUCUUAUCAUCGAGACACCUAAUGCAGUUGUAGUUUUGAGAAUGGGAUGUCCGGGCGGUAAGUGUAGCGGACCCACCAGGUGUGGUGCUCCGCUAAUGAUAGAGACGGAGAUGGAGGAAGAAGGGCGGGAGCAAGAUGCACAGCGCAGCUCCCACGCG